AUGUCCGGCUUUGAGCAUCUGUUCUAUUUGACGGCGUUGUUAAACUGGAACGCGGAUAGAAUUCCCGACUUGCAAUUCAACUCUACAAUCAUGUGCGAGACAAUGAUCAGGCCUAUUACAACAGGCAAUUGGCAAGUGCAAAACACGGGAAUCGACAUUGAUUUCGCCAACCAGCUUGUGUAUUUCCAAGGAAUGCGAGACUCGCCUCUUGAAACCCAUCUCUACCGAGUAAAUUAUCAGAAGGGGAAUGCCCAUGACGAGUCUUGUCUUCGUCUUACUAAAUCCAACUUUAACCACUUCGACAUUUCUGUUUUCAUCGACGAGAACAUGUUUCUUGUAAAAUCUUCAAACGUCAACACACCUACCUCAAUUGAAAUCUACCGAAUUCCCAAGCCUGAAACCGCCAUCUUCUGGACAGAAGAAGGUGUGUGCCCUCGCCCGCUUGCCUUUCUUGCCGACGAUGUCACUCAAACUCAACAGCCAAAGCCUGAAAAACUUGCGAAGAGAGAAUCCCGCGGCCCUGAGAUAUUUUCCUUCAAAAACAGCUCCGGUGAUGAGAUUUUCGGCCAGAUCUACAAGCCGGAGAACUUUGAUUCCAAGAACAAAUAUCCGACAAUUGUCUAUGUUUAUGGAGGCCCUCGAGUGCAGAACAUCAGGAAUCAGUUCUCUGCUUCGAGGUCUGACAGGCAUAGAAUGUAUUCCAAGUUUGGAUACGUUAUCCUAACUUUCGACAACCGAGGAUCUGACAAUCGUGGUCUCAAGUUCGAAGGAGUCAUCAAAGAUCACAUGGGAUACUACGAGGUGCAAGACCAAGUUGAAGGCAUUGCAUACGUUGCACAGAACAUGGGAUUCAUUGAUGUCAAUCGCGUGGCUAUCGAAGGCUGGUCUUAUGGAGGCUUUAUGUCGCUUAUGGCAAUUGCUCAGUAUCCUGAUGUUUUCAAAAUUGCUAUUUCUGUCGUCGACUGGCGAUUGUACGACUCUGCCUAUACUGAACGAUACCUUGGUUUACCGCAAGACAACCCAAAAGCUUACAGUGAUUCGUCCGUGGUGCAGCAAGUACCUAAUUUACCUGAUGAGCCUAAUCGUCUCCUUCUCUUCCAUGGCAUGAUCGAUGAAAAUGUCAUUACAACAAAUAUGAUGGUGCUCAUUGAAAAACUCACCAGAGCAUGCAAGCCUUACGAUUUGAAGCUAUUCGUGCAAGAGCGGCAUUCAAUGCGCUCCAGCAAAACAGUCGAAUAUUACGAAAUGACUGUACUUACCUACUUGAACCAGUUCCUCUAA